ACAUCAGUGAUGUUCUGUCCAGUGUGGUGGAGGACGUGGGCGAUGCCGUCAACAGAAACAUCAGCGGUGCUCAGAUUCUUCAGGAACUCCUGAGUGCACCGUGGCUGCACACCCUGCUCAAGAUUUAUGAGUGUCUGUCACAGUUCCAGAGGGCCACACCAAGCCCAUUUCUGCCGUACGCCUCAGGACUCUCAUUUGAGAUCCUGACAGUAUUACACAGAGCUCACCGUCCUUCAGCUGAAGCCAGAGAGCUGUGCAGUCUGCUGAGCUCGCCUCAUGUCCAGGCCCUCCUGUCGACUCACGACUCUGUGGCCCAGUCCGACUACCUGCCUGUCCUGCCCCCUCUGCCUGAUGAGUUACCUGAGGAUGAGGAGGCAGUGAGGAUCGUUUGUCUCGUUAAGAACAACCAGCCUCUGAGUGGAGACGAGCGCAGAAGUAGUGUUGGAGAUGAAGGAGCUGGGGCGAAUCGUGGCCCCUGGAACAGCCUCCGUCGCCUCACGUUAGAGCGCCUCACACCUGCCAGGAGGGCGUGGUCAGGGGAGGAGCUUAGAAUGAAGGACAACGAGGCCAGAGCUUUGUCCCUUCAGAAGACACAGCGUGGCUCGUUUCUCCCUCAUUAUGGGUCGACAGUAAACUGCAGCUCGUGUCCUCAGAGAGCAGCACUUUGGAAACAUGAGCUGAACCUCUCAGCUCCUGAUGUCUUUAGUCCUGACCUUGGUUCUGUUUCAGAGAGACCCAAAGCCCAAAGGGAAGAAGAAGACGACUAUGCUUACCCGCCUCCUCCAGUCCCAGCUUACAGUACCAGUCUUCCCAAUUCUCCCUUUUUAUACCAAAAGGAUGUAGGAGAAUCGAGGAGCGUUCCUGGAUCCAUUCGGACCCUGGUUAGAGUCCACACAGCACCUGCAGCUCCUGAAACUCAACAACCAACAUGGCAUCAGGGGGUCAGAACUCCUGACAGGUGGUGUCGAGCUGGACCGUAUGGAAAACACCCAGAACCUUUAAACCAGUCCCAUGAGCCCAGCUACUCUACUGGUCCUGAGGACAACAAACACCAUCAUCAAACAAAACACACACAGCAGCGAACACAGCAGCAUCACUGCAGCGUGGAGGAGCUCAGGACCACCGUUCAAACUGUGGCCAGCACAAUCGAACACAGCAGUCAGAACAUCAGACAUCUUGGCCAGAAGAUGGUGGCAGCAACAGAACUGAUCACAGACAGAGUUGAUGAAAACGCCCAAGCCCUCAACCUCCUGGCUGAAGUGGUCGACAAACUCCAGGGGAUCAUUGUGGCCAAUAAACACCUGGAAGCAUCUCCACCAUGCAGGCCAAAGUUACACCGUCACCCCGUCCCUCCUCCGAGAGGCUCGUCGUUAUCUCCAACAGUGAUCCACAAACCUCCAACCCCUUAUCCACCCUCCUCUGACUCCUCCUCUUCCUCCUCUGCCGGCUCUUCUUUAGAUGCUUUCAUGAGUCCAAAACCAUCGAACCGAGGGACCAGAAAGAAAAAGACAGCAGGUGAUGGUGACGUUAAUGGACCUGUUCGGUUCAAAAAUGGAUCAGUUUCCAGAGCUCAACAGCAGGAUCAACAAGACCAUAACGGCUUUGGCUGUUUAAAAACAAACAAGAGGAAAUAACUAAUUCUUGUCUAAUUUCAUGAUAGAAAAAAAUGAGAACUACAAGACUUUGUUUUUAAAACUUUCUCCAGAACCUUCAUUAAAGACAGUAAAACACAAAUGCACAAUUUUUCUAACUUACAAUGUUUUUGUCGAAGUUUCUACACACACUACUUAACAUUUGGAUCAGCAAAACUCCAGAGAACCUUUUCCUCUUUUUAUUGGAUAAUUCAAAGGACAAAUGUCAUUUACAGGUACAAAAACUAUUUUCUUCCCUUUUUUGUUUUCCAGCUAUUCGUGAAGGGAUUUCA